AUGGCAGGCAACGACGGAAGUAUAUACGAAGCAGGGCUUGACGCCUUCGAACUCUACCACAAAUACGAAUACCCCGAACGUCCCAAACCCAAUGUCAACUGGAAAACCGCCGCGCUGCGAGGCCCAGCCCUUCCGGCGUUGGGACACGCUGUGGCUGGCGCCGCGGGGUCAGCCGUGUCAAACAUCGCGACAUAUCCAUUGAAAUUGAUCGUAACCAGAUUACAAAUGCAAAGGCUUGCCGCACGAAAGAGGGAGUUAACAAGCGACAGCAAAGAAACAAAUAAACCAACGGGGUAUGCUAGCGUUCAAGAUGCAGCGCAAAAGAUAUAUGUAACAGAGGGCGGUAUCCGGGGUUUUUUUACCGGUGUAGGUGACGACACAUGGAAGACAAUUGCGGAUUCAUUUUUAUUCUUCCUUGCUUAUACCAUAUUACGAGAACGGAGACUCAAUUCAAAAUUGAGCAAUAACGGGAAGAAACGUGCAGUAUUGCCAAUUCUAGAUGAAUUGGCUAUUGGAAUCCUCGCAGGGGCCUUUUCAAAACUGUGGACAACGCCUCUUGCGAAUAUAGUGAUAAGGAAACAAACUGCUGCGCUUGACGAUCAGUCCCAGCCAACAUCAACGAAGGAGGUCGCUGCACGGAUCAAAGAUGAGAAGGGGUUGAUUGGGUUUUGGUCUGGAUACUCGGAGACUUUGGUCUUGACGUUGAACCCAUCGAUUACAUUUUUCUUGAACGAGCUUUUGAGGUAUUUACUGCUCCCACGACAAAAACGAAAGAAUCCUUCUGCUACAGUAACAUUCUUGCUGGCAGCCAUCAGCAGAGCCGUUGCAUCGGCCAUUACAUACCCAGUCUCACUAGCCAAGACACGCGCACAGGCAGACUCAUCCUUGAGCCAGGGCAAAAAACCAUCAAACGCUUUUGCAUGCAACUUAUUCACAAGCCUUCAAACCAUCGCAGUAGAAGAAGGCAUCGGCGCAUUAUACGACGGACUAUUCGGCGAAGUCUUCAAGGGCUUCAUCUCCCACGGCAUCACAAUGCUGACAAAGGACGCUGUCCACUCUACCAUCGUACAGAUAUACUACAUACUUUUGAUCUUAAUCAAGAAAUACCCCAGCCCCGAAGAGCUUAUCGUUCGCGCCCGCCUCCAAGCCGAAGAAUACGCCGAAGUUGCGCGCGAAGGUGCAAAGGAGAUAGCUGAGUCAGUAAAGGAUAGUGUAUCUUCAGUGACAAGCCCGAAUGUAUCGGUUGAUAUGUCCUCGAACGCGCCGCCUGAAUACUCCCCGUUUGAGGAGACGAAUGAGUUGGCGGAGAUUGUGGGUGAGUAUGUUGAGGAUGAUGCGGCGGAGUGGCGGAAUUUGUAUCAUUGGUUUUGGAAUCGGAUCAAGGGUUGA